AUGUACCUCAUUCUUAUAGUCGUGAUAUUGGGAGCAUUUCAUACUUGCGUCAUCUCGCAAAAUGUCUCGCAGGCGUCUAUCGAAGUUCCCUGGCGAACCAAUAACUCAAGGGUCAAUAAUCUCGUCGAGGAACUUUUGCCUGAGGAGAAGAUCGCCCUCGUGCAUCACACAUACUACACGGGCACCCAAGUAUUCGCUGGUUAUAUUUUGUCCUCCAAGCGUCUCGGUAUUCCAACACUUCAGAUGGCCGAUGGUGAAGCCGGCGUAGGUGCGGUGAAUGGUGCCACUGCGAUACCGACCCAGCUCAAUCUUGCCGCCACUUUCUCGCGAAGACUGGCUUACGCGCACGGUUCCGUUGCUGGAAAAGAGGCCCGGCUACUCAACGUUUCCAUUCUGCUUGCGCCUAGAGUCAACAUCCUCCGUGAUCCUUUUGACGGCAGUUUUGCUCAGGGCUACUCAGAAGACCCUUAUCUCAAUGCUCAGCUCGGCGUUGAAGCGGUUAAGGGUAUCCAAGACACUGGGACGAUGGCCAAUGCCAAACAAUUCGGGCCUAGUAGCACCGGAGCUAGCAAUGGUGACGCAAACUCUCAAGUUGAUCUUCAGGUCCUACAUGAAUUGUACUGGUCACCUCAUGAAGCUCUUGUGAAAGCAGGUGUAGCAUCUGUCAUGUGUUCGUACUCCCAAGUAAACGGAAUUCCAUCCUGCUCGUGCAACGAAGGGCUCAACUCCACUCUUCGUGGCGACUUUGGGUUUGAGGGAAUCGUGAUGUCAGAUUGGGGAGCGACACACUCAACACAAGCUAGUAUAAUUGCUGGUCUGGAUUUGGAGAUGGGUUCAAUGACAUACUACACCGACUCCCUGUACAACGACAUCUAUGGCUUCAAAAACCUCUCCGAGUCCUACCUCAACAGAGCAGUUCACCGAGUUCUCUCCACCUACGACCGUUUUGGCAUUCUCGAGGGACGCGGGCCGCAAAGGAAUUCGACAGACCUGCUUUUAUUAAGCAAUCCUAUCCCAGACGAAAUCCUUCAAGAGCACGAAGAAAUCGCCUACACCAUUGCAGUUCAGUCUGGAGUGCUUCUCAAAAACCAUGGUGUUCUUCCUCUCAGCAGGAAACACAUCGGGGUUAUCGGUCCGACCGGCUUCCAGUUAACCAAUGGAGCGGAGAGACUUACUGAGCGGGCUUAUGGCCGAGACAUUAGAAAAGUUCCACCCCUCGCCGCGCUCAAACAGCGUGCACCACAACUAACAAUUUCAUCGAGCGUGGGACUUGAUUUACAUGGUAGACUUAUCCCUUCGUCGGCUCUGAGAACACUCGACGGACAACCCGGCCUCUCGCGCAUCAUGCUUGAAUUGCCUCAAGCUAAACCCUCGAUAGACGCGACAAUAUCUUUUUCUAGUACCAGCGCUCUCCCGGCCAACACCAGUUACGCCUGGACCGGUCAACUCUUGGCAAACGAAGCUGGUCAUUACCGAGUUUCUAUCCAACGAAAUUACCCGUUGACAAGCGGCCGGGUCAACGACAGCGACUUUCUGAAUCCUAGUUUGGGUAGCGUCGAUACUCUGGUCAUCAAUGGUACUGAAUUCACCGGCUAUCGCAUUCCUCUCGAUGGUGGAGCUCGUCCUCUGAGCAGCGCCGUGUCUACACUCGACGGUUGGGACGAGAAUGGAGCCAAUGUUUACCUUCAGCAGGGCUGGCAUAACAUUACUUUAAAUGUGCCAGCACUAUUCCACCUCCCGACAGAGGUGCGCCUCCAUUGGGUCACUCCCGGUCAGCGAGAAGUAAACGUACAAGCCGCGAUCAAGUUGGCCAAAGAGGUAGACGUUCCAGUUGUCUUUGCGUAUUCGAUGACGCCGGCGGAAGUGGGAAUGCAACUGAUGUCUGGUUUCAACGAUCUUAUUUCACGCGUUGCGGCAGCCAAUCCAAACACAGUAGUGGUACUUAACAAUGGAGAUCCAGUUGUGAUGCCCUGGCUUGAUUCGGUGGCUGGGCUGUUGUGGAUGGGCCAUCCUGGCCAAGAGGGAGGCUUUGCGACUGCCGAUCUUCUUCUGGGGAGGAAAAAUCCUCAAGGCCGUCUUCCGGUCACGUAUCCAAAGUCUUCGUCUACGUCUCUCACUCGCAAUCCACUCUUUCCCGACCGUGUUUCAACCACGAGUGGGACUGCAAUCUUUGACGAAGGCCUCAAUGUCGGCUAUCGUUACUACCUCUACACCAAUACUUCGGUCCUUUUUCCAUUUGGGUACGGUCUAUCCUACACCUCUUUCCAAUACAAUAGACUUAGUAUCAAACAAACUUCGGACGCCCAGUUUGCUGUCUCUUUCUUCGUCAAGAAUACUGGAAAUCGGGCAGGCGGCGAUGUCCCUCAACUCUAUAUCGGACCACCUACCAACUCUACUUCUGCUUAUCCUGGCAUAAAAUUCGCUGCUACUGCUCUGGUGAAUUUCGACACGGUCGAGUUGUCAGCGGGCAUGUCUCAGGCCGUUCACUUCACAGUCUUGCCUAGACAACUCAGUUUUUGGAACCAAACCGACAGAUCGUGGAUGGUGGCACGAGGGAGUCGGAAGAUCUGGUUGGGCGUUGAUGCGCAGACUCCUGUUUUAGUUGGUAUUAUUCAUGUGUAG